AUGACGACGGAUACCUCGAUUUCAGGCCUGGGGUCCGGCCCUGAUCCCGCUGACGGCCAUGACCAGCCCAUUGUGCUGCACAUUCUCUCACCUUCAUUUGACUCCCCACGCCGCAUAACCUUCAACAACCUCCCUCUUUCCACCACAGUGCUAGAAGUCAAGGCUAAAAUCAUGGCGGAGCUGUCAACCAGACCUCCUCCCGAAAACCAGCGGCUUAUCUAUCGAGGGAGAUGUUUGUCAGACAAUAGUCAGGUGCUAAGUCGCAUUGUUGAGCCAACUGAGGCACUGGAAUACUCGAUGCACCUUGUACUGCCCCCUCGGGCGGCGACGGCUACAUCCCACCAAUCAAACGCAUAUAUCUCUGCAUCCGACAGAAACAUGAACAGCGGGCGACGACCAAACACUCCCAGGACAUUUCUCCAGGAUACCAUCGAGGCCGAGCGAACGAGAGCAUUGCCUCCGCCAUCUACCCAGUGGGGGAGCGACUCAGCACCUACUAAUAUUGCAACUACACGAGGGCAGGAACGAGUAAUCGACAGCUUGGGCGGUGGCCCCACGGACACUUCAGAUUUCGAUCCUCCACGGGAUGAGGGUUUAAUACUGCCAGAAGACUACCCACCUACUUACACUCGGCCACAAACCCAGGUACCACCAGAUCCUUCUCAGUUCCUCCAACAGCAAGGUUCCUACAAUGGCACACUAGGAAGCCGCUUACAUUUACAUCGCACCGCGAGUUACCCUCCCACUCAGCCAACGGUAAAUGGCCAACUACCUGGGAGAGCAACAGAGCAGGAGAGCAGGAUUAACCCAAUAGCGCAAAUAGUGCGAGACAUCGUUGCCAUGGAGGCCCGGCUACAGGCAGGAGCCGUCCCUGAAGCGGAGGAAAUAUCAGCUGCCCGGAAUCGGCUGUUUGAAUACAUGGCUGCUCAUCGUCGCAACCUCCACGCGAUAGAGGGAUGGAUCACCCGUGUAUCGUAUCUGGCCUCCCGCGCAGAGCAGCUUCGUCAAUGGAGACUUAGGAAUCAGGACGUUAGCACUGGCGCAACAGCCGCGACAAUUCCCUGGCCAGCAUCAAGACCUCGCCACACUGCGUAUUUGGUAGCCUCUCCAACGAGAUAUGAGGCUGUCUUGAUGCCGUAUACGGGUCAACCGACGUUCGCAACUCUGACUCCGGUCCCAGCUUCACUCUUGCAGCCAACAUUUCAGUACACUGUCCAGCCAACCUCACAACCAACUGUGCCGCUAGCCACAAAUAACAACAAUCUGGCGCAAUCUGCCGCCCCUCAUCCAGUUGUAAACACUCCUGCCAUGCGAGUUCCUCGACAUCACCUGGUCAUUAGAGGCUCUACCAUCAUUCGAGCUAUACGGGCAACCUGGCUGUUCAUCCGCCUCUAUUUCUUCUGCUACAUCUUGAGUGAAUCUGGAACCUGGCUCCGCCUCUUCCUUGUUAUCCUUUCCAUCGCCUGGGCCUGUCUCUCUGAGGUUGAAAUUCCUAGACAUGUCCGAAGAGCAAUCUUCCUCCCUCUUGAAGAUCACAUCCAUGACUUACUACCCAUCAACCCUGAUCCAGCCCAGCCAGAGCGUGCAAGACAAAAUGAGGGCCCCAGCUAUAUUACAGAGCUUUUGCAAAGGCAUAGGGCACUUGCCCGAGGCAUUGUUCUGUUCUUCUCGUCUUUCAUCCCUGGUGUGAGCGAGCGACAGAUUAUGGACCUACAGGGAAUCAACUCUCUUCGUGAUAAUGAGCAGCGUGCUGAGCAGGAAGCCCGAAGACAAGCUGCCCAGCAGGAGAACCCGAAUGCCGCAGAACCAAAUGCAGCGGGCGAGCAGGCCGAUGGCGGAUAG